AUGGAUAACAAAUCGCCAAAGAUAGCGAUAGUUGGAGCCGGCGUUGUUGGUAUGACAGUCGCCAAAAUAUUGCAACAAGAUCUAAGAAAUACAAACGUAUCAAUUAUAGCAGAUGCAUUUACACAAGAUACGGUGAGCUGUAUCGCUGCAGGCAUAUUCAGACCAGGCACGAGUUUUAGGGGUCCAACGAAGGAGGUCACAAAGAAAUGGAUCGAUGAAUCCUGGUAUUUCUGGCAUAAUAUUUUAAAAACUUCUGAAGCUCAUAACGCCGGUUUAAUGACCUUGUCUAGUUAUAUAUUUUCCAAAGAAAAUUAUCAUGUCACGAGAAAUCACCUUAUCGAAGACCUAGUGCCCAUUUAUAGGCCAGUAGACGAAGAUGAGCUGAAAUUGUGCGGUGAAGGAUGGAAAUAUGGAUCAUAUUUUUCAACAAUAAAAAUUGGAUGCGAGAAAUAUUUGCCUUGGGUUGAAAAAUCGUUUACCGAAAACGGAGGGAAAAUUGUACGGCAGAGAAUCGAUAAUUUCGCAUCACUACGUUCGGAAUUCGAUUUAGUUUUCAAUUGUACCGGUAUGGGUGCUAAGGCGUUAUGUAAUGAUCAUGAUCUUGUAUCUUUACGAGGACAGGUAAUUAAAGCUAGAGUUCCCUCAUUAAAAAUGGCAUUUUAUGGUGAUUAUGAUACGUAUGUGAUUCCUGGCUUAGACGGCGUCGCCACAUUGGGUGGCGUGAGACAAUAUGACAGUUACAAUCGAGAAGUAUGUAAACACGAUACAGCCGCUAUUUUAGAGCGAUGUUAUGAGCUUUUGCCAUUUUUAAAAAAGGCUGAAAUUGUAGACCAUAAAGUUGGUUUGAGGCCGCAUAGAAUUCCAGUUAGAGUUGAACCCGAGAUCAUUGACGGUGUGAAGGUAGUCCACUGUUACGGCCACGGUGGUUACGGUGUUAUGUGCGCUCCGGGAACUGCUAUAGACGCUGUUAAAAUGGGCUGUGAUAUACUAAAGAGUAAUAUAAGAAGUAAGAUGUAAAAUCAUAACAAUGGUAAUCAUACCUACAACUUUUUUAUUUAAAAGAUGAUAAUGUAACUUAAAUCCACUUGUGUCUGUUCCAAUUUUCUGAAGUGCUAACCAACUUUCCCAAACUAAGCAAGCUCGUAGUAUGGAAACAACACUGAUAUACUACAUAUACUACUUUUCUUUUGUAAAUACAUACUUAUAUAGAUAAUUACACCCAGAAUCAUUACAAACAAUAUGUUUAUACACACAAAUGUCUGUCAUGGGUGGGAAUCUAACCCACGACCUGCGGCGCGAAAGGCAAGUAUCUACCAACCACGCCAACCGGCUCGUCUUUUAUAUAUAUAAUGGUAUAUGAUAUUGUAAAAAUAAGUUUACUAUCGUGUUCUAUGUCGAGUUGUUCUUUAAUAAUUAUUAAAGUACUUUGUAACGAA